UGGACACACAGGGCUACCUCCUUCUCCCCCGACUUCUACGGCCAAAGUCGGGACAUCUUCCUGCCACCCGCAGGGAAUCGGGGGUGAAUUUGAAAUCCAGGGGCCCGAGGCUGAGCCAGACUUUGCACGCAGUGUCCUGCCACCCCUGUGGGGGCUCCUCCAGCUGUCAUGGAGCUGGAUCUGUCUCCACCUCAACUCAGCAGCUCCCCGGAAGACCUGUGCCCAGCGCCAGGUACCCCUCCUGGGACUCCCCCGCUGCCCGACGCCUCUCUGCCGGGCGAGGUGAAGAGGUCCCAGCCUCUGCCCAUCCCGCCCAGCAGGAGACUCCGAGAGGAGGGGCUUCAGGCAAGCUCCCUGCCCUCCAUCCCCAACCCCUUCCCGGAGCUCUGUAGUCCUCCCUCUCAGGCUCCCAUCCUUGGGGGGUCUGCCAGCGCAAGGGGGCUGCUUCCUCGAGACACCAGCCACGUGGUGAAGGUGUACAGUGAGGACGGGGCCUGCCGGUCGGUAGAGGUGUCGGCGGGUGCCACGGCCCGCCACGUGUGUGAGAUGCUGGUACAUCGUGCCCACGCCCUGAAUGACGAGAACUGGGGACUGGUGGAGUGUCACCCCCAUCUAGCACUGGAGCGGGGUCUGGAGGACCACGAGUCCGUGGUGGAAGUGCAGGCCGCCUGGCCCGUGGGCGGAGACAGCCGCUUCGUCUUCCGGAAGCACUUCGCCAAGUACGAACUCUUCAAGAGCUCCCCGCACUCGCUGUUCCCGGAGAAGAUGGUCUCCAGCUGCGUGGAUGCGCACACAGGCGUCUCCCACGAAGACCUCAUCCAGAACUUCCUGAACGCCGGGAGCUUCCCCGAGAUCCAGGGCUUCCUGCAGCUGCGGGGGUCGGGCCGCAAGCUCUGGAAACGCUUCUUCUGCUUCCUGCGCCGGUCUGGCCUCUACUACUCCACCAAGGGCACCUCCAAGGAUCCCAGGCACCUACAGUACGUGGCUGACGUGAACGAGUCCAACGUGUACGUGGUGACCCAGGGCCGCAAGCUCUACGGGAUGCCCACAGAGUUCGGCUUCUGUAUCAAGCCCAACAAGCUUCGCAAUGGCCACAAGGGGCUCCGAAUCUUCUGCAGUGAGGAUGAGCAGAGCCGCACCUGCUGGCUGGCUGCCUUCCGCCUCUUCAAGUAUGGGGUGCAGCUAUAUAAGAAUUACCAGCAGGCACAGUCUCGCCACCUGCGCCCGCCCUAUCUGGGUUCCCCACCCUUGAGGAGCGUGUCAGAUAAUACCCUGGUGGCCAUGGACUUCUCUGGCCACGCCGGACGUGUCAUCGAGAACCCUCGGGAAGCUCUGAGUGCAGCCCUGGAGGAGGCCCAGGCCUGGCGGAAGAAGACCAAUCACCGGCUCAGCCUGCCCACGCCGUGCUCCGGCACCAGCCUCAGUGCAGCCAUCCACCGCACUCAGCCCUGGUUCCAUGGGCGCAUUUCCCGUGAGGAGAGCCAGCAGCUCAUUGGGCAGCAGGGCCUGGUGGACGGCCUGUUCCUGGUCCGCGAGAGCCAGAGGAACCCUCAGGGCUUCGUCCUCUCCUUGUGCCACUUGCAGAAAGUCAAGCACUAUCUCAUCCUGCCGAGCGAGGAGGAGGGCUGCCUCUACUACAGCAUGGACGAUGGCCACACGCGCUUCACCGACCUGCUGCAGCUCGUGGAGUUCCACCAGCUGAACCGGGGCAUCCUCCCGUGCCUGCUGCGCCACUGCUGCACCCGCGUGGCCCUCUGACCGCCGCCUGGACCCGGCCAUCAGUGCUCGGAGGCUCCCCGACUCCAGCGAGCUCCUCUGCGCCGGUGCCUCCCCAGGCAGAGAAUCCCCGCCCCCCUGCCAGGCCACCGUCCACCCCUCUUCCCGAGGGGAGGCACUUGGUGGCCGUCCUCACGGAGGCCCUGGGGCGCUGGUCUGGGCAGGGCCUUGUGGGGGAACGGGGCAGGCCAGGUGGUCGUAUGCCCCACACUUUGUACAGACUGAGAGGCCAGUUGAUCUGCUCUGUUUUA